GUAGAGUCGGCGCAGAAGGGGUUACAGAGCUCAGACUGGCACUGGCCCUUUAAGGUGCUGAGAGAGAGAAGGACUGGGGCCCCUCCCAGCGGCCAGAGCCGAGCGAGUGAUCGAGAGGAGACGGGGAAUGAUCUGCAGAGCUGCCGGGGUGGCCUGGCCGAGAGCUCCCCGCUAAUCCCGCCUGAGCCCGAGCUGCCGCCGCUACUGACCCGUCUGAGCGCGAGGAGGCGCAAUCACUGCAGCGGCCCCCGAUGUCUCACUGAGUCGCGGCGCAUCUGUCGCAGCGGGGACAAUAGAGACGCACCGAUUGCGCCCGGUCCCGCGGAGAAUGGCGGAUCCUCGCAGCCUGGAGAGCGUGUCCCUGCCCCUGGAGGUGAGAGCCAGACUGGCCGAGCUGGAGCUGGAAUUAUCCGAAGGUCAUCCAUGUAUCUCGGGUCCCUCUGCAAUGAGAUGGCAUGGGCGGACUUGGAAAACAGCUGCAUUAUGUGACAUCACGCAGAAAGGCUAUGAAAAGAAACGCGCCAAGUUAAUAGGAGCAUAUCUGCCUCAGCCCCCAGGGAUGGAGCAGGCUUUACCCCCAGAAAGAAGAACCCCUGUCACCCCUUCCUCUUCCUCCAGGUAUCACCGUCGGCGCUCCUCGGGUUCUCGAGAUGAACGAUACCGAUCAGAUGUGCAUACAGAAGCAGUGCAGGCAGCCCUGGCUAAGAAUAAAGAAAGGAAGAUGGCUGUACCAAUGCCAUCCAAACGGCGCUCCUUGGUGGUACAAACCUCAAUGGAUGCCUACACACCCCCAGAUACCUCUUCAGGUUCAGAAGAUGAAGGCUCUGUACAAGGGGACUCCCAAGGUACUCCCACGUCAAGUCAGGGUAGUAUAAACAUGGAGCACUGGAUCACCCAAGCGAUCCACGGAUCUACCACAUCGACCACUUCUUCCUCCUCAACGCAAAGCGGAGGCAGCGGUGCCGCUCACAGAUUAGCGGAUGUCAUGGCCCAGACACACAUAGAAUUUCCAUUGCGCCUGUGUGUGGGAAAUAGGAGGAAACGCGGAGACUGUCACAAAAACCAUUCGGCGCCUCCAGACGUUACCACGUACACCUCCGAGCACUCGAUACAAGUGGAGAGGCCACAGGGGUCCACGUCGCGGGCAGCUCCCAAAUACGGCAAUGCUGAGCUUAUGGAGACCGGAGACGGCGUCCCUGUUAGCAGCAGAGUCUCGGCAAAGAUACAGCAACUUGUCAAUACCUUAAAAAGGCCCAAAAGGCCACCGUUAAGAGAGUUCUUUGUGGACGACUUUGAGGAGUUAUUAGAAGUUCAACAACCAGACCCCAACCAGCCCAAGCCAGAAGGAGCCCAGAUGUUAGCCAUGCGAGGGGAGCAGCUGGGAGUCGUCACAAACUGGCCCCCUUCGUUAGAAGCCGCUCUGCAGCGAUGGGGAACCAUUUCGCCGAAAGCCCCCUGCCUUACUACCAUGGACACAAAUGGGAAACCACUCUACAUCUUGACGUAUGGAAAGUUAUGGACCAGGAGUAUGAAGGUGGCGUACAAUAUACUGCAUAAACUUGGCACAAAGCAAGAACCAAUGGUCCGACCUGGAGACAGGGUUGCCCUCGUAUUCCCAAAUAAUGAUCCAGCUGCAUUUAUGGUAGCAUUCUACGGCUGCUUAUUGGCUGAAGUCGUACCUGUCCCAAUUGAAGUGCCACUCACUAGGAAGGAUGCAGGAAGCCAACAGAUUGGCUUUUUGUUAGGAAGUUGUGGAGUAACUGUGGCCUUGACGAGUGAUGCCUGCCAUAAAGGUCUGCCAAAGAGUCCCACGGGGGAGAUUCCACAAUUUAAAGGUUGGCCAAAACUGCUCUGGUUUGUCACGGAAUCCAAACAUUUGUCCAAACCGCCGCGUGAUUGGUUUCCACAUAUCAAGGAUGCAAACAAUGACACUGCCUACAUCGAGUACAAAACCUGCAAAGAUGGAAGCGUGCUGGGAGUAACUGUGAAACGAAUUGCACUUCUCACCCACUGUCAGGCUCUAACACAAGCGUGUGGCUACACAGAAGCGGAAACCAUAGUGAAUGUCUUGGAUUUCAAGAAAGAUGUGGGGCUGUGGCACGGAAUUCUCACGAGUGUCAUGAACAUGAUGCAUGUUAUUAGUAUCCCGUAUUCCCUUAUGAAAGUGAAUCCAUUGUCGUGGAUACAGAAGGUCUGCCUGUACAAAGCUAAAGUUGCUUGUGUCAAAUCAAGGGACAUGCACUGGGCAUUGGUCGCUCACCGGGACCAGAGAGACAUCAACCUCUCCUCGUUGCGCAUGCUGAUUGUGGCCGACGGAGCAAACCCCUGGUCCAUUUCUUCUUGUGAUGCUUUUCUCAAUGUCUUCCAAAGUAAAGGUCUGCGGCAAGAAGUCAUUUGUCCCUAUGCCAGUUCACCGGAGGCUCUUACCGUAGCCAUAAGGAGGCCAACCGAUGACAGCAACCAGCCUCCAGGGAGGGGGGUUUUAUCAAUGCAAGGCCUCACCUAUGGCGUCAUUAGAGUGGACUCAGAAGAAAAGCUCUCUGUAUUGACAGUGCAAGACGUUGGGACUGUAAUGCCUGGUGCUAUUAUGUGUUCAGUGAGACCAGAUGGGAUUCCACAGCUGUGUCGGACGGAUGAAAUAGGAGAACUUUGCGUCUGUGCUCUUGCUACGGGUACAUCCUAUUACGGCCUUUCUGGCAUGACCAAGAACACAUUUGAGGUUUUCCCAAUGAUGAGCUCAGGAGCGCCAAUAAGUGAAUAUCCAUUUGUACGGACAGGCCUUCUGGGAUUUAUAGGACCAGCUGGCUUGGUCUUUGUUGUGGGGAAAAUGGACGGUCUGAUGGUCGUCAGUGGGCGACGGCAUAACGCUGACGACAUUGUAGCAACCGCGUUGGCAGUGGAACCGAUGAAAUUUGUUUACAGAGGAAGGAUAGCAGUGUUUUCUGUGAAUGUGCUCCAUGAUGAGCGAAUCGUUAUUGUUGCAGAGCAGAGGCCGGACUCCACCGAGGAAGACAGUUUCCAAUGGAUGAGCAGAGUUCUUCAGGCUAUUGACGGUAUACACCAAGUUGGGGUUUACUGUUUAGCAUUGGUACCAGCAAACACACUCCCCAAAACCCCUUUAGGUGGCAUUCACCUAUCAGAGACCAAGCAACUGUUCCUUGAGGGAUCACUUCAUCCGUGUAACGUGCUGAUGUGUCCGCACACGUGUGUAACAAACCUGCCUAAGCCAAGGCAAAAGCAGCCAGAAAUUGGCCCUGCCUCUGUGAUGGUGGGGAACCUGGUCUCUGGGAAAAGAAUUGCACAAGCGAGUGGACGGGAUCUGGGUCAAAUAGAAGAUAAUGAUCAGGCCAGAAAGGUGUUACGCCAGUUCCUGUUCCUGUCAGAGGUCCUGCAAUGGCGAGCGCAAACCACUCCUGACCAUGUGCUUUAUACACUACUAAAUUCAAGGGGAACAAUAGCCAACUCUCUAACAUGUAGCCAGCUGCAUAAGCGAGCAGAGAAGAUUGCAGUCAUGCUUAUGGAAAGGGGGCAUUUACAAGACGGAGACCACGUGGCUCUGGUUUAUCCUCCAGGAAUUGACCUGAUCGCAGCGUUUUACGGCUGCCUUUACGCCGGCUGUGUGCCAAUAACAGUUCGACCUCCUCAUCCGCAAAAUAUAGCAACCACGUUGCCCACGGUGAAGAUGAUCGUAGAGGUGAGUCGGUCUGCCUGUCUCAUGACUACUCAGCUUAUAUGUAAAUUGCUAAGGUCGAGAGAAGCUGCUGCUGCCGUAGACAUCAGAACGUGGCCUCCGAUUCUGGACACUGAUGAUUUGCCAAAGAAAAGACCAUCCCAAAUCUACAAACCGUCUGACCCAGAAAUAAUGGCUUACCUUGAUUUUAGUGUGUCUACAACUGGAAUGCUUGCUGGGGUGAAGAUGUCCCAUGCAGCCACUAGUGCCUUUUGUCGUUCUAUAAAACUUCAAUGUGAGCUGUAUCCAUCUAGAGAGGUUGCUAUAUGUUUGGAUCCUUACUGUGGCCUGGGUUUUGUCCUUUGGUGCCUGUGCAGCGUGUAUUCAGGACACCAGUCUAUUCUGAUUCCUCCCUCAGAGCUGGAGAUCAAUCCUGCCUUGUGGCUCCUGGCUGUCAGUCAGUACAAAGUGCGAGACACAUUCUGUUCCUACUCAGUCAUGGAGCUUUGCACCAAGGGACUUGGCUUACAGACGGAAUCCCUGAAGGCAAGGGGGCUGGAUCUGUCCAGGGUACGGACCUGCGUUGUGGUGGCUGAGGAGCGUCCUAGAAUAUCCCUCACCCAGUCUUUCUCCAAGUUAUUCAAAGACUUGGGUCUCCAUCCAAGGGCUGUAAGCACAUCGUUUGGCUGCCGAGUUAACUUAGCCAUAUGUUUGCAGCCACACAGGCUGGGGACACUGGCUGAGCAGGGAACGUCUGGACCUGAUCCCACAACUGUUUUUGUCGAUAUGAGGGCGCUGCGACAUGACAGGGUCCGAUUGGUAGAAAGAGGGUCACCACACAGUUUGCCUCUAAUGGAAUCAGGAAAAAUCCUCCCGGGCGUGCGCAUAAUUAUUGCAAAUCCUGAAACCAAGGGGCCACUUGGAGACUCUCAUCUUGGAGAGAUUUGGGUUCACAGUGUGCACAAUGCCAGUGGGUAUUUCACAAUUUACGGAGAGGAGUCCCUGCAGUCUGACCAUUUCAGCUCUCGGCUCAGUUUUGGAGACACCCAGACGGUCUGGGCACGAACGGGUUACCUGGGGUUCUUAAGGAGGACAGAGCUCACAGAUGCAAAUGGAGACCGGCACGAUGCGCUUUAUGUUGUCGGGGCACUAGAUGAAGCAAUGGAAUUGCGGGGAAUGAGAUAUCAUCCAAUCGAUAUUGAAACAUCAGUGAUUCGGGCCCACAAGUGUGUGACAGAAUGUGCUGUUUUCACCUGGACGAAUUUGUUGGUGGUGGUAGUUGAACUCGACGGGUCGGAGCAGGAAGCCUUGGACCUAGUACCGUUGGUUACUAAUGUGAUCUUGGAGGAACAUUAUUUGAUCGUAGGUGUAGUCGUAGUGGUGGACAUUGGUGUCAUUCCUAUCAACUCCCGUGGAGAGAAACAGCGUAUGCACCUACGAGAUGGGUUUUUAGCAGAUCAGCUAGAUCCUAUAUAUGUGGCCUACAACAUGUAGUCUUGUACUAUAAAGCUUCCAUGGACUUUACACUAGAUGUAUACAUUUUUUUUGUUUUGUUUCAUCAGUGUCCACUAAAAAACGGAGGUGCAAAUAUGGAGACGGCCUUGUUCAGAAUGGAACUGCUUUAUUAUUUUAAUCUACCAAUUUCUCAUAAUUGGCCAGAGAAAACAAAAAUGUGAAGUUUCUUUUUCUUGUUUGUACCACUACAUUUUAGCACCGAGAGACUUUAUUGGUACUGUAUCGUAUUGUAUUGCCUCAGUUAAACCUCCUAAGUGCCGCAGAGAUCUGCAGAAUUUUGCUUUUCCUUGCGCCACUCAAGUGGUUUAAAUAUGCCAAUCGCAAAUUGCAGAACCUUAUGUUUUUUUCUUAUUGUUUGUUUUUAUGUUGCUGUUUUUUUCAGUAGCAAUGGAUUUUAUGAAGGAUUUUUUUAUUAUUAAUGUAAAAACUUCAGACAGGUUCAUUUUUAACAAAAAGACCUUUUACAGUGGCAGAGUUUUUUUCUGUGGUUUGAGCCAAUAUGUUGGAAAAUGUCUUCUAGAUAAUUUUUAUUAAGCCAUUUCUGAUGUCCGAUUAUUUUAAAACAAAAGGUACGAACAGGAAUCAUAAAAAAUAUCUCUAAAAAAUGGACUUUAGAAAGCAGUGGUCAGUUAUAUACUUGUGUACAGAUGGAGCUGUUUGCUCCAUCUAUUGAUAGUUGCUUUGAUAUCCGUAGAAAGGAACUUUACCAUGUACACGGUGUAAAUUGGGACCCAUUUCUGAUUUUAUGAAUGGGCCACUUUACUGCCAAUUACCAAUAUCUGUGCCCUCUGCAAAGGAAAUGUAACCCUUUAAGUAUUCAUGUAAAGUUGAUCUUCUGAGCACUUUUGCAAUUUAGAUAUGUAUGUAUUUGAAAGAUUCUAAGAUAAUAGCAAACAUGUAUACUGCUUAUGUGAUGACCAUUUAAUAACUGAGCCUCCUGCAGGAGAAAAUGUCAGAAGAAGAACAGAGAACUGUUCAGAGGUUGCUCUUUGAAAGGCAUAAAAUGUCACCUAAACAGAGUGAUUAUCAGAGUAAUAUCAGACAAGUUCCUUCCUUGUUCUUCUGACAUUUUCUUCCAGUAGCAGAAGAGUUCCCUGUUCUUCGUUAUAUGGUUGAAAAAAAGCAGUAGAAGAAGAACAAAGAGCAGAAGAAGAACAAGGAACCCUUCUGAUGUUGGACUUUGAAAGGCAGAGCAGCAUCAGAAGAGUUCCUUGUUCUUCUUCUGAUAUUUCCUACCAACCUUAUCAUGGACGGUAAACUCUUCUGAUGUGGCUGCUUAGAUUACUGUUCCCUUGUCUUUCAAAGAGCAAUAUCAGAACAAUUGCCUGUUCCUCAUGAUACAGUUGGUAGAAAACGUCAGAAGAAAAACAUGGAACUCUUCCGUUGUUGCUCUUUAAAAGAUACAAGAAAAGUCAUCUAAGCAGAGCAGCAUCAGAAGAGUUCACUGUUCUUCUUCUGACAUUUCCUACCAACCUUAUCAUGGACAGUAAAGUCUACUGAUGUGGCUGCUUAGAUUACUGUUCCCAUGUCUUUCAAAGAGCAAUAUCAGAACAAUUCCCUGUCCCUUGUGAUAUGGUUGGUAGAAAACGUCAGUAGAAAAACAGGGAACGCUUCUGGUGUUGCUCUUUAAAAGAUACGAGAAAAGUCAUCUAAGCAGAGCAGCAUCAGAAGAGUUCAUUGUUCUUCUUCUGACAUUUCCUACCAACCUUAUCAUGGAUGGUAAAGUCUACUGAUGUGGCUGCUUAGAUUACUGUUCCGAUGUCUUUCAAAGAACAAUAUCAGAACAAUUCCCUGUUCCUCGUGAUACAAUUGGUAGAAAACGUCAGUAGAAAAACAGGGAACACUUCUGGUGUUGCUCUUUAAAAGAUACGAGAAAAGUCAUCUAAGCAGAGCAGCAUCAGAAGACUUCCCUGUUCUUCUUCUGAUAUUUUCUCCCAACUGCAUGACAGUCGGAAGAACCAACCAGCAGGUGGUGAAGUUGAUUAGUAUACAUUUUUGCUAAUAUUUCUGAAUCUGCAAAAAUAAAAUAAUUCAAGUAAAUGGCAAAAGAAGAGCAUUCUUAGCAAUUUUGCAUAGUUUUGAAGGUUAACACUUCUUUUAACAGACUUCAAUUAAAGUCUUAUAACCACUUAGAGUUUCAAAGCUGCAAAUGUGAAGAAUAUGAACGCUCCGUUGUACAAUCCCAAGCUGCUCUGCAGAACAAUCUACAAAUAAGCACACUAGAAUUUGCCUUUCAUCUCAGAGAAAGAAAGAGUAAUAUAAAUGAAAAAAAAAACACGUUAUUAAACAAAAAAUUUAAGGAAAAAUAGUAUAAAUAUGGCGGACUGUGGCGAAUAUCUUUGUACUAAACUUUAAAAAAAAAAGAAAAGGCUAAAACAAGUUGAACUUUUCUUCAUAUGUAAUUAUGUAUAAAAUGUUUAAUUUAUUUUGUUCUCUUUAGAAGUAUAAAACAAGACGCGGCAUUCAAGAAGAUAACUCUUGUAAUGUUUGUUAAUAUAAAAAGAAAAAGCAAAGUGUUGUAUUAUCUUGAGUGGAUAGUAUCACAUCAAAUAUAUAUUAAAAAAAUAUAUAUAAAUUCACAAA